CGCUUCCGGUCGGUGGUCCCGGCAUGGCGGGAGCCGCGCGGCGGCCCCGGGCCCCCGGUGGCGGUGCCGGUGCCGGUGCCGGGCGGAGCCGCCCCCGGCAGGGCGGGCCCCGCGUCUGCUUCGCGCCCGCGGCGGCGGCGGCGGCGGCACCGGAGGAGGGCCCGGGGCGGGGCCGCGGGAAGGUCACGGUGCGGUACGACCGCCGCGAGCUCCGCAAGCGCCUCCACCUCGAGGAGUGGAUCCUGGGGCAGCUGACGGCGCUCUACGACUGCCCGGAGGAGGAGAUCCCGGAGCUGGAGAUCGACGUGGACGAGCUGCUGGACAUGGAGAGCGACGGCGCCCGCAGCGCCCGCGUGCAGGAGAUCCUCGUUGACUGUUACAAACCCACCGAGGCAUUUGUGGGGGAUCUCCUGGAGAAGAUUCGGGGGAUGCAGAAACUCAACACCCCCCAGAAGAAAUGACCCCAAAAUUGGGGGAAAUCGCCCCAAAAUCCCGGGGGAGCCCCCACCCCCACCCCAAUUCUGGGGGGGGCUCCUCCACUUUUGGGGUCCCCCCCCCUCUGCAGCGAUAAUCACCCUCCCCCCCCUCCCCCACUGGUUUUGGGGGGUCCUGGGAGGGAUUUUUGGGGGGAAUUUGGG